AUGGCAAUGGCGCGGCUGGAACCUUCGCUGCCCGUGCCGGAGGAGGAGGUAUUGAACCUUGCGCUUUCUGUUGCGUCCCCCCGCAAGGCCCUGGAGUUGGACCGCACCUUCGACUUCACCAAGUCGGAGGAAGUCAAUCCCCUCCCUCUGCAUGUGGUGGAGGUGCAACGGGCCAAGUACCGUCGUCACGGCAAUGUGCCAAACGAUGUUUCCCUGCGGGAGUUUGUGAAGGAGAUGGGUAUCACUUGGGAGGACACUCUCGACCCCAUCAGGCAAACAAGUUGCUUGGAGUUUGACGACUCACUGCGGGAAUACUACGGCGACUCCGAUGACGCGGCGUACCGGGACUUUAGGGAGAAUAUGGUGCGUUUCUCCAAGUGGGAUGAGUGGCUAAAAUGCAACCAUUUUAUUGGGAAGACCAUCUACGAUGACUACACGCUGCUUAAGCGAUUUGAAGAUGACGCCCUCCGCAUUUGCGACCCCGAGGACGAACACGCCAUCAUGGCCGUGGAGGCGGAGGUGUACUCGGAGGUGCACUCUGAGGCGCACCUGGAGUCUUUGCAGAAACACCGACGUGACAGCUGUCCGCAGCAACUGGGGCGGCGUCUCACGCUUGAGCUCCAGCGACGGGUCACCGACGCCUCGCAGGCUGUGAAUACUGUCCUUGAGCAAGGAGGUGCACUGGCGGAGGCCCCGCCACAGCGGCAUUGGAGGGGCAAGUCCUAUAGGCAAAGUUUUAUGGAUGCGCACGACCCCAAGUAA